UUGUCGUUAGUACUUACAAAGCAAAUUCGAAGGAGCUCUUCUUUUGCAAUAUUCAGCAUUGAAUUUAGUCACAAUUCCACACUCUUCUACCAAGUUAACUGAGCUUUGCCAGGAUGAAUGAAGAAAUAACACCUAUCAAGAAAAUAACUAGCACAACUAAACAAUGGACAGCAAAGAUUCGUGUUUUGGAAAAGUGGAAUCCACGAAUCCCAAAAACAGGCUCAACAAGAUAUCAAAGGCUCAUUUUGGCUGAUGCAGAGGGUACACAAGUUCAAGCUAUACUUUAUCAAGAUCAAAUAGAACAAUUCCAAGAUACCUUCAAAGUUUUUAACUCAUACUAUGUCUCAAAUGCUGCUGUCAAGUUGCUACAAGAAAAAUACCGUAUCACACCACAAUCAUGGCAAUGGCAAUGGACAAUCACUGCUAGCACACUUAUUCGAGAUGUUGAAAACAGUAAUGAAGAUAACAAUGCCCCAACAUAUCACUUUGUACCAUUCAAUGAAUUCUCUGACCAUCUUGGCAAUGAAACAUCAUCCAUAGAUAUUCUUGCAGCAGUUAUUCAAAUUAAGCCACCAAAAACAAUCACAACAGAAAAUGGAACCACAACUGCACAAGAAAUUGUACUCAUUAAUGAAGAGUUAAUGCCAAUAGUUUUAACUUUGUGGGGUCAAUUUGUCACUAAUGAAGGAGAGAGAUUGCAAGCCAUUGCUCAAUCAUUUCCAACUCUAAUUGCAAUCAGGCUUAAAGUCUCAUCGUUUCGCGGACAAUCAUUAUCAACAAAACCAACAUCAGCUUUUGUGCUCAACCCCAACUUCAAAGCUGCACACCAACUUCACAAUUGGUGCAUCCAAAAUGAAGAAGUCAUUAGAACUUUACCUUCUCCACUUGAAACUCAUGUUCGAAACAUCACAACUCCAAGUCCUAAAGUAGAUAAAAUCAUUUCCAUCAGCAGCAUUCCAUCUUCUCCAGAUGCGAAAAUGUACUGGGUCAAAGCAACUAUGUCCAUCACCUCACUUGAUCAAUCUUUUUGGUACAUGAGCUGCAACAAUUGUUACAAAUCCAUAAAUGCAAAAUAUCAAACUGUUUUCAACUGUUUCCACUGUAAAAAAAAAGAGGUCAUUGCAGAACCGAGAGUCAAAUUCCAAGUUGAACUCAAAGAUAAUUCAGGUUCAAUAAUGGCAACAAUAUUCCAGGAUCAUGCAGAAAAGUUCUUUUCAAUUUCAUCUACUGACCUAAUGAAGCAUACAACACAGGAUGGAAAAGUUUCAAAUGAGGCCCUUCCAAAAUUAAAUGUGCCAGAAUAUCACAUUAUUCAACUAAAGCCUCGCCAAUAUCAGUUUCGUGGACAAGUAAUGCUUCAACAUGUCAUCACAUCAGUGAACAAUGAUGAUGCAGAACCCUCCAUCAUAACUCUUGCUUCAAAACCACAUCAACAAUCUAUCCAAAUAGAACCCAAGGCAAAGAAAGAACUAUUUCCAUCAACUGUUGGUACAAAUGUUGCUUCUGAUAUUUCAACUGCUGCUGCUGGUACAAAUUCUGCUUCUGAUAUAUCUGCCGCAACAAGUGUACCCUCUACAAAAUCUCUCUAG